AGUGUAGAACUGGAUGACCACCACAAACCUGAGUUUAGAAGAUUUUUUAGUUCUUCCAUCAUUGAAAAUGGGCAUCGGUCUUCAUCAGGAAGUCAGGCAAAAGUCUCCCAUGGACAGACUGCUUUUCAGAUGUCAGACUCUUCUUCUCCUGAAGCCCAUGCCCCUGCAGUCACCUUACAGAUGCCCCACCUUCCCGUUACUGCAGUAACCAGGACAUCAGACAAGUUGUCAGGAGAAAGCAUCUAUUCAACAGGAACAACUAAUUCAUCUACUGGCCUGCUGGGACAGAGCAAGAGCAAAAAUGCAAUGGCAGUAAAAACUUCUAACCAGUCAGAGACUCCUGUCACUAAGUCUGUCUCAAGUGUGAGCUAUGGGAUGCAUAGUGGAGCCAAAACUGGUGAAAGUGCCACUGAUGGUUACUGUGAUGUGACCCCCAGCUCUCGCUCCUCUCCUCCCACUGUACAUCGCCAAGUCGAGAGGAGGCGAGAACUGGUGCGGUCUCAGACUCUCCCACGGACUACAGGAGCGCAGGCCAGGAAAGCACUGCUUGAGAAAUUUGAACAUGAUGAUGGAAAAGGAAAAGGAGAAUCCAGAGCUAAGCUGAAGAGGUCGCUGAGUUUUGGGGUUGCCAGCGCUAGCAGCAUUAAACAAAUUCUGUUAGACUGGUGUCGCUCAAAAACCAUAGGAUAUAAGCACAUUGAUCUCCAGAACUUCUCCUCAAGCUGGAAUGAUGGGAUGGCAUUCUGUGCUCUUGUGCAUUCUUUCUUUCCUGAAGCUUUUGAUUAUAAUAAGCUUGACCCAGCUAAUCGCAAGCAGAACUUUGAGCUGGCCUUCACCAUGGCUGAGAAAAUGGCUCACUGCGAGCGUCUGAUAGAAGUGGAUGACAUGAUGGUGAUGGGUCACAAGCCAGAUCCCAUGUGUGUCUUCACCUAUGUGCAGUCUCUAUACAGUCAUCUACGUCGCUUUGAAUAAACCAUAGACACCUCUCCAGCCAGAAGGGUCAAGUACAGUUUGCUAAUGGGAAGAGUGACAUUUUAGAAAUGGAACAGUGUUGUUUCUUGC